ACCGAUCCCGCGGCAACAGCACCGGCACCGUACCAUCCCGCGGUUUUAUUUCCCCAUUUUCAACCAGUCUGUCCGUUACCGCCUUACCGGUACCACUCAUCGUCGUCGUCGCCCGGUGGUGCCCGCGCGCUGUACUGUAGUUCCGUCCCCCGUUUGUCCUCGAACCGAGUAUGUUCUUCGACGGGAAUUAGUUUCGGUGUUUUUUUUUAAAAUUAAUUUUCUCACCUAUCGUUUUUAGUUUUCUCAUCGUUUUCAUACCAUUAUUAUUACAGUAGUAUUAGUAUAGCGUUUACGUAGAAUAGAGUUUUAAAGAUUUUCCAGUGUUCCGUUUUUUGUUUUUUUUUUAUCCGAGUGACGGUUUUUUUUAAAAAAUAAUUUCAAAAAUGAAAUCUUCCACCACCACGGGUUUUGCGUCCGCGGUCCUCCUAGUGCUGCUGUGCGGCUCGACGGUCGCAUUCAGCUUGAACGGCAACUACAAGACGAUCAUCGACACGCUGGCGUGGACUGGCGAUCUGUCCGAGAUCUAUAGUAUAAUCGAGAGGAAUCAAAUUGCCAACACGACGAUACAUCUAAGAAGUGUUACAGUGUUUGCUCCGCACAACGAAGCGUUUUUGAAGAUAACUAAAAAAGAUAGCGACGAUGAAUAUUUACCGUGCUACCAUAUAACAAAUGUACCAAUGAAAUUGGAACAAUUGGGAAAGUCGGUAUUUUCUGAACUAGAUGGUAAUCCGCCUAUCUGGAUUACAAAGAAAAGUCCAGAAGAGAUUUACGUUAACCAGGCUAAAGUCGUCUAUAAUUUGGCUAAUUAUGAACACAAUAAUACAUUUGGAAAACCUCAAGUGUUGCACGUCAUUGAUCAAGUUCUACAACCUCUGCGAAUGAAGAAAAAUAGCCCUCAAAAUGUCUACAACCCUAAUGCAUGGGAAUUCAUGGAAAAUGCUGAAUACCUGGAUUUAGAUAGUUACCACACUAAUACUUUUUUGCAACGGGUACAAAAUCUGGAUAAGAAGAGCGUGUUCUCCAAUCAAGGUGGACAUACAUUUUUCAUACCCGUGGACGAAGUGGCUAAUUAUCCAAAAGUAAAACCUGAAAAAAUCGAUGUGAAAGUGAUUGACGCCCACAUUGUUCCGGAUAAUGUAUUGUUUUUGGGACCCACCAACGAAGAAGAACAAUUUAAAACUUUAGCGUUCACUGACAUGCUUAAAGUAUUUGCGUCUUUAUCUAAAGCUGUAGAAGGAGAUAAAACUAAAUAUUACGUUAGCAGUGAUACUGUUGUCGGUGAUGAUGUUCACCCUACUGGAGCUGUAGUAGCAGAAAUUGUUAAAGCCAAUAUACCUGUCAGAAAUGGUGUGGUCCAUUUGAUUAGUAGACCAUUGAUGAUCGUGGAUAACAAUGUAAAACAAUUCAUUGAGCAGUCGUAUAAGGACAGAGAAGACAGUGUCUUACACCGAUUCUACGAGGAGAUUAUGAAUUCCGGUGGCGAUUUCUUGGAAAAACUCACCGCCAUGCCAAAUGUUACACUUUUCGCACCUUCCAAUGCAGCAUUCAACGACCAAUCCAUCCAGUCGUAUUUGCUAAAUCGCACAUACAUCAGGUCUUUACUUGACUUGCAUAUCGUCAACAGACGUCUCUCCAUCGAUGAUAUUGUUGCUGAAUCCAUCGAUAAGCGCUUUCAGGUCCAAACCGAAGUGCCCCGCAAGGAUCUGUUCUUCAACGUGGUCACCAGUGGUAAGAACCGCACGUUGACCCUGGAGGGUGGCGGCGUUAACGCUACCGUGGUCCAGGCUAACUUAGCAGCUACAAACGGCAUCAUACACAUCAUUGACCACGUACUGGGCAUUCCAUCAUCGACAGUCGACCGCAAACUGGCCACUGACCCCACGCUCAAUGAAACCAACUAUCUCGGCCAAGUGUCCUCACUUAACGAUCAACUAGGCGACGUCCAAAAGAGAUUCACUUAUUUUGUGCCCAGAGACUUUGCUUGGAAGAGGUUGGCAAUCGAUAACCCAUCAGCAUACAAAAAAUUGUUCAUGCCCGAAUACUCGAAUAUUGCUCGUCAGGUUUUGGAACGCCAUUUGAUCAUUGCGGAUAAAGUAUUUACAAUGGACGAUUUAAGGAAAGAAGCCAAUAAUAAUUACAAUUUGUCAGUCCAUCUUCCUACUGUACGCGACAUUUCCAUGUAUAUCAAAAUCAAAGACUCUGUUGAAGGUUACUCAAUUGAAUGGCGCAAUGAAUGGAUACAUGUCCACCGUUCUGAUGUCCGUUGCACCAAUGGUAUCAUACAUGUAAUUGAUAAAGUUUUGAUUGAUGAAAGCGACAUUGAAGUGAAUGGUGCUAUUGCUACCAAAUCAAUAACUGGAUUGGUGUUGGUCUUGGCCCAAUGCCUCGUGUUCUAUUAUUUCAACUAGUCAAUUCUACUCAGCAGGCGUGUCUUGUAUGUGGAACACCCUAAGUUGCGUUUAACAGUUGGUCAUAAGGUUCCCACCCUGUUGUUUCCACUGAAUACAUAGGACCUACUGAUAACAUUAACAUUUUCAAACAUUAUCCUCUUUCCUCAUACGACACGUUUGAUUUUUAUAAAGUGAAAAUUAGUUCCCAUUUGAAUUGUAUCCAAUUCUCAAACGGACAAUGUAUUUUUAUUUCCUAUAACGUUUAAGUUUUUAUUAAAGAAUUUCCCAGCAAGAAUUUUUUUUUUUAUUGUAAGCUUGUGCCUGAUUAGUUUUAUAUUCAUAAAUAUAUAAUAUAUAUAUAUAUCUCAUGUAUAUAUAGUAUAUACAUAAUAUAUGCGUUCGUGUAACUUAAUUUUAUCCUUCGCAUUUGGUAAAAUCUUAUUAUUUCUUCAAUAUUUUCUCUUUGAUGUGGAUAUAGCAUAGUUCUGUUUUUCCAAGAAGGAGGAAAGUUGUUGAUUAUAUUUCAAACAAAAUUUGCUUUUAAAGCUGCACAUAAAUGCAUUUCAGAAAAUGCAUCAAUUUGACAUUAUCAUAUUAUUACCAAAAAACCUCAAAUAUAUUCCCCGUGACAUCCUAUCCCUUCCUUUAGGAAUAUUAAAUUAAGAAUUGUAGUCUAAAAAUUGGAAACGGGUAAAAGUCAAUGUGGUUUAUUAAAAUCAAAAGGAAAACGCAUAAAUGAGUCUGACAAAACAAGAUAUUGAGUAUUUCACAUGUUAGGAGUAUAAUUUUUUUUUAGAUCAAAAUAUUGAUUUGUAAAUACUGAACAUGGUAUAAGUAUAGGACUUAAUAGUAUUAAAAAAAAAAAAAUUAUAUAUUAUUAUGUAUGCCUUACGAUAGUUCAAAGUAAAUAAUUUGUUAUUCGUUAAAUAUUAUUUAAAAAAAAAGACAAAACUAGAAUUAAUAAUAAUAAUAAUAAUAAUAACAAUACAAAACCCAUAGGUUCAUCUUAAUCAUAUUCUAUUGAUAUAUAUUAUAAGUUAUAUAUUUAUACAUCUGUAAAUUGUAAUUUGAGAAUCAUUUAAUAGGAGAAUUAAUAUAUUAUAAUAGAAAAUAAUCUUGUUGAAUUUAUACAAAAUUUUACGAAAAUAUAUUAAUCUCGUCCUUUCAUUGAUUAACUAUGAUAUUAUUAUAAUAAUAAUUAAUAAUAAUAUUAUAUUAUAUUAUACUUAAUACUCAGUGAAAACUGAUAAUUAGUGCAUUGAUGCUUGGUGUCUAUUUAUAUUUUCUACUACUGUUCAAGUGGAAAAUAAAAACCAAAAUUGUAGUUUUUUUUUUUACUAUUAUUUAGAAAAACAAUUAUUCAUAAUAUAUUUAAUGGCUAAGAAACGAAAUUAAGAGUAAAGACAAUUAUAAUUGGUAAUUUUGAUAUUGUAUAGACACAAAAAAAAACUGUGACUGCUUCAUCCAAACAAGAUUGUAAAUGGACGCGAAUUUUCGAUGAAAAAAAAAACAACCGUCUUUGUUUAUAUUUUAUUAACAAUAUAAUAAAUGUAUAUAUUAGGUUUAUGUGUUAAACAAUUAUUAUUAUUUUUUUUUUUUGUAAUUACGGUUGAAGUCCCACUGCUAUUAUUUUUCUGUGUACCAUAAUUUUAUUAUUUUUUAUUUAUUCCUUAUUAAUUUAUAUUAAACAUAAUUUCAACGACCUGCACCAACUAAUAAUAUUCCAUAUUAUAUAAUAUAUAUAUAUUGCAUACAUUAUGAUGUAAUAUGUAUACUUUUUAUUUAUUUUUUUUUAGUUGCAUUAUCCAUUUAAAAUAAGUGUUUACUGUAUACAGUGUUUUGGCACCAAGGCUUGUGGCCAUUGAAUGAAUUUUGGUCAGUUAUAUUAUGUGUUUGCGCCAAGUUUCUAAUAUUACACUCUUAAAUCAUAAUACCUAAUGUAUUUUUUUUUCAAAUGCUCGCAAUGUUAUCAUUAUAAUUAUCUACCGCGUACAUAAUUUAAUAUGUAAUCUUGUUUUUUUUUUUUU